ACAAACAUCCUAAAUUUGCUAAAAAAUCUUACUUUCUAAAUUUCAAUGAAACAUCUGUCAUCAUUGACCUCGCUCCUCAACUAUAAAUGAGAACGCCACCAAUCCGCUCUUCUCGACUUAGAUCCUCUUGCUUCUGUCGUGAAGAGAUGGAUCGCACAAAAGCCUUCGCCGUUGCAUUCAUCUGCUUCGUCGUGAUCGGUGUCGGAGGUCGCUCUCCCCCUCCCCCUCGCCCUCCCCCUUCCCCUCCCCCUAAGAAUCCUUAUCCCGCUAAGCAUCAUUAUCACCAUGGAAAGCAUGUGACUCGUUCCGUCGCUUCUCCGCCGCAACCUGUGCCUGCUUUGCCUGCUGGUGUUCCUGCGCCGGUCCUUUGGAAGCAGCCGAUCAUGCUAGGGUUUUGUACAGCUGAAGGAAUGGGUCAUUUGAAUGUCUGGAACUCGCAUCCAAAGAACUGCAGCCCUGGGUCUCGUGCCUGCCGAGUUUGUGGAAACCCACAUGGGUUGAUCAAGAAGUACGGGCUUAUGUCUUGCAGGCAGCGCUUCCAUAGCAAUGCCAAGGAAAUUUACUUCAUCAAGUAUCGUCAAGGGAGCAUUUUUGGGAGGGAUGCGUUGGUCCGCCCAUCCUGGAGAUUAAAUGAGUUGAGACUCUAAUUAAGUUGUUAUUUUCUUCGAGCGUUGAUUCUGAGUAAGUUGUCAUUUCAUUUUGGUAUGCUAUGAUGCAAUUUAAUGGAAUUAUAAUUUUUGAA